AGCAUGCAUUUUGCUCAUUGAAAUUUGGAAAAUCAAUCACAAUGAACAUCGUCAGCACCAAAGCGCUUCUGAAUCAAAGCAUCCAAUCCUUAUGCCACAAGGGAAAGCUUCAAGAAGCCAUAAAAUUGCUUCUUUCAGCUCCCAAGUCUCACUCACUCCCUUCUUUUUACAUGCAAAUUCUGCAGCUCUGCCUGGAAACGAAAGCUCAAAAGCAAGCCCGUUUAAUUCACAGCCACAUUAUAACCAAUGGGUUUGCUUCCAAUCUCCACUUAGCCAACAAAUUGAUCAUAUUCCACGUUAGAGUUGGUGAUAUAGUUUCUUCCCGCAAAUUGUUCGAUAAAUUGCCUGAGAGAAAUGUUGUUACUUGGACAGCUAUGAUUUCGGGGUACUCCCAGAGUGGGUAUUAUGAAAAUGCUUUGCUGAUGUUUUCGGGGAUGUGUCGAGCAGGUGUUAAGCCCAAUCAGUUUACCUAUGGGAGUGCAUUGAGGGCGUGUACUGGUUUGAGGAGUUUGGAAAGAGGAUUGCAGAUUCAUGGGUUUAUUGAAAAGGUGAGGUUUUCCAGGAACUUGUUUGUGCUGAGUGCGUUACUCGAUUUGCACGCAAAGUGUGGAAAAGUGACAGAUGCUUGUUAUUUGUUUGAGAUUAUGACAGAAAGGGAUUUGGUGUCUUGGAAUGUAAUGAUUGGUGGAUUUUCUGUUCAGGGUUUUGCAGAUGAUUCAUUUCGGUUGUUCAAGGAAAUGAUGGGAGAAGGGGAAAUCCCUGACUGCUUCACCUUAGGAAGUAUUUUGAGAGUCUGUGCUGGAUCUAGCAGUCUUAUAAAGGUUUGUCAAGUACAUGGGCAGAUCAUUCAACUAGGGUUUGAAUUAAAUCAUGUGUUGACUGGAUCACUGGUUGAUGCAUAUGCAAAAUGCGGAAGCCUAACAUGUGCUUCUCAGGUAUACAAGAGCAUGAAUAGAAAGGAUGUAAUAUCUUGCACCGCAUUGAUCACUGGCUAUGCACGUGAGGGCAAGUGCCAUGGAGAUGCAUUGGAUCUUUUCAAAGAAAUAUUGUCAAUGCAAAUAGGAAUGGAUAAUAUCAUACUGUGCUCCAUGCUUAACAUAUGUGCUAACAUGGCACAACUAAACCUGGGAAGACAAAUACAUGCUUUGGCUUUAAAAUGCCCAUCUAGUAAUGAUGUUGCCAUGGGCAAUGCUCUCAUUGAUAUGUAUGCAAAAUCUGGAGAGAUCAAAGAUGCUAACAAGGUUUUUAGUGAGAUGAAUGAGAAAAAUGUGAUUUCAUGGACUUCACUAAUUGCUGGAUAUGGAAAGCAUGGGUAUGGACAUGAGGCAAUUGCUCUGUUCAAGAAGAUGGAAUGUGAAGGAUUCAAACCAAAUGACAUAACAUUCUUGUCUCUUCUCUUUGCUUGCAGUCAUAGUGGAUUGUUUGGUGAAGGAUCAGAAUUGUUUAACAAUAUGGUUAGCAAAUACAAAAUCUUACCCCGAACAGAGCAUUUUUCUUGUAUGGUAGAUCUCUUUGCACGUGGAGGGCAGUUUGAAGCUGCUUAUAAUUUGAUACAGGAAAUGAAUAUUAAACCAACUGCAUCACUUUGGGGUGCCCUUCUUGGGGCAUGUAGCAUCCAUUGUAAUGUGACUUUAGGAGAAGUAGCAGCCUCGCAUCUUUUUGAUAUGGAUCCAAAGAAGUCAGCUAACUAUGUUGCCUUAGCUAGCACGUAUGCUGCUGCUGGUGCUUGGGAAAAUGCUGGUGAGAUACGUAAAUUAAUGCGUGAAAGCAAGGCAGUAAAGAAUCCAGGAUAUAGCUCUCUGUCCUCGGCAGAGAAGAUAGUGCUUUUGCAACCAUGUUGAAAAGCCAGAAGCCUGGAGCAGAAAAUGGCAACUCAGGAUUGGCAUUUGGUGCUGAAAAGUUUUUAAUACUUGGAACAAAAAGAGAAGCCUGAAUGGCUGUGCCGUCACAAUGAUUAGAGAUUGGAAAAGCUAUCCUUGUCUGUUCACCAGGACCGGAGUGACACAAAACAAUGCUGAUUCAGUCUGCAAGGGAAGAGAUAUCAUUAGGUUUAAGAAGAACAAGUAAGCAUUUGGUAUUUAAUGGUUGAUUACAACAAUGCUUUACUGGGAAUCACAAUCAGUUGCUGUUACUUCCAAGUUGUGGGUGAG